AUGGCGGCCACUGCGGGGCAGAAGAACAUGCAUAAGGAUGGACAACGACCGCCAUUGAAUUACCCGCCCCACUUCCGGUCUGUACAGCCUCCGUGGAGUUGCACCGACCCUACCUACAUCAUAGACACAGACCCUACCUACAUCAUAGACACAGACCCUACCUACGAUAUAGGCACAGACCCUACCUACGAUAUAGACACAGACCAUACCUACGAUAUAGGCACCGACCCUACCUACAUCAUAGACACAGACCCUACCUACAUCAUAGACACAGACCCUACCUACGAUAUAGGCACAGACCCUACCUACACCAUAGACACAGACCCUACCUACAUCAUAGACACAGACCCUACCUACAUCAUAGACACAGACCAUACCUACGAUAUAGGCACCGACCCUACCUACAUCAUAGACACAGACCCUACCUACAACAUAGACACAGACCCUACCUACAACAUAGACACAGACCCUACCUACAACAUAGACACAGACCCUACCUACGAUAUAGGCACCGACCCUACCUACAUCAUAGACACAGACCCUACCUACAUCAUAGACACAGACCCUACCUACGAUAUAGACACAGACCCUACAUGUGACGAUAUAGGCAUCGACCCUAAAUUCGAUACAGACACAGACCCUACCAACGAAAUAGACACCGACCAUACCUGUGACAAAGGCACCGGCCCCAUCUACGACAUAGGCACAGACCCCAUCUACGACAUAGGCACCAACCCUAUCUACAUAGGUAACGACCCUAAAUAUUACAUAGGCACCGACCCUAAAUACGACAUAGGCACAUACCCUACCUACAACAUAGGUAUCGACCCUACCAACAAAAUAGUCACCGACCCUUCCUACGACAAAGGCACCGACCCUACCUACGACAUAGACACUGACCCUACCUACGACAUAGGCACCGACCCUAAACACGAUAAAGGCACCGACCAUACCUACGACAUAGACACCGACUCUACCUACGACAUAAGCACCGACUCUACCUACGACAUAGGCAACGACUCUUCCUACGACAUAGGCACUGACCCUACCUACGACAUAGGCACCGACCCUAAACACGAUAAAGGCACCGACCAUACCUACGACAUAGACACCGACUCUUCCUACGACAUAAGCACCGACUCUACCUACGACAUAGGCAAAGACUCUUCCUACGACAUAGGCACUGACCCUACCUACGACAUAGGCACCGACCCUAAACACGAUAAAGGCACCCACCAUACCUACGACAUAGACACCGACUCUACCUACGGCAUAAGCACCGACUCUACCUACGACAUAGGCAACGACUCUUCCUACGACAUAGGCACUGACCCUACCUACGACAUAGGCACCGACCCUAAACACGAUAAAGGCACCGACCAUACCUACGACAUAGACACCGACUCUUCCUACGACAUAAGCACCGACUCUACCUACGACAUAGGCAACGACUCUUCCUACGACAUAGGCACCGACUCUACCUACGACAUAGGCACCGACUCUACCUACGACAUAGGCACUGACUCUACCUACGACAUAGGUACCGACCCUACUUACGACAUAGGCACUGACUCUACCUACGACAUAGGCACCGACCCUACCCUGAAAUCACCUCUUCCUUCCUGA